AUGGCAGAUUCUUACAAAGCAUACGUUCAGCAAUUGCUUCAAAACGGAUUGAAAUCUCGGCGACAGUCAUUUUUUGAUCAUAUUGACGGUCGAUUGUUAAUCGAACAGUCACGAAAAAAUGGCCCGUCAAAUCGAAGUAUGGGAAACUGUAUCAAUUUUGGCCGUCCAAAGUCAGGCAAACUGCAGAAAAAUCAGAUACCUGAUUCACCAUUGAAUCUCAUCUCACAACAACAACAGCAGCCGAUUGUCUCACCCUCAUCCGUACAAUUCUCAAUCAAUAAUAAUAAUCAUCAUCAGAAUACGAAUGGAAUUGCCACACCAUCGUCUUCGGGUGUGUCAAGUGCAUCAUCAUCGACGACAUCAGCGAUUGUAAUGAAAACGAAUAACGACAUGAAUAAUAAUCGAUUCCAAUACGUAGCCAUAUGUGAUUAUGAUGCCAGAACAAACGAUGAUUUAACUAUAAGAAAACAUGAUCUAUUGGAAAUUAUUUAUCGCAAAAAUACGGCAUGGUGCAAGGCGAAAAAUGAGGGUGGACAAGAAGGUUGGAUUCCAUCGAAUUUCGUCGCGAAACGGGAUAGUCUUGAAUCCGAGCCAUGGUAUUUCAAGUCCAUUCGUCGAAUUGAUGCUGAAAAACAGCUGAUGUCAGAUGUCAAUGAACACGGCAGUUUUCUCAUUCGCGAUAGUGAAACGAAAAAAACCGAUUUUUCUCUUUCAAUCCGUGAUAAUGAUUCUGUGAAACAUUAUCGAAUACGACAAGGUGAAGAUGGCCGAUACUACAUUGCGCGUCGAACAACGUUCAAUACAUUACCUGAACUUGUCAAUCAUUACUCGAAAACGUCAGAUGGCUUAUGUGUAAAUUUAAGACAACCCUGUGUACAUAUUAUCAAACCUGAACCAGAUGGCUUAUCGCAUAGUCUUGUGGAUAAAUGGGAAAUAUCUCGACGGGAAAUCAAAUUAAUUCGACGUCUUGGCCAUGGACAAUUUGGUGACGUGUGGGAAGGCGUCUGGAAUGAUAAUGUAUCUGUUGCUGUGAAGACGCUCAAGUCAGGUUCGAUGAAUCCAACGGAUUUUCUCGCUGAAGCGUCAAUAAUGAAACGCUUGCGACAUGCAAACUUAAUUCAAUUAUUCGCCGUGUGUACAAUCGAAGAACCGAUUUAUAUUGUGACAGAAUUAAUGAAAAAUGGUAGUCUUUUGGAUUAUUUACAAAGUCCACGUGGACGACAAUUGAAAAUGUCUGCAUUGAUUUACAUCGCUACACAAAUUGCAAGAGGAAUGGCUUAUUUAGAACAGCAGAAUUACAUUCAUCGAGAUCUCGCUGCUCGAAAUGUUCUUGUCGGUGAAAAUAAUACUGUUAAGAUUGCAGAUUUCGGUCUCGCAAGAAUAAUCAAGGAAUACGCUGGUGGUAUGUACGAAGCAAAAGAAGGUACGAAAUUUCCCAUCAAAUGGACAGCACCUGAAGCAGCACUCUACAAUCGAUUUACCAUCAAAAGCGACGUUUGGUCGUAUGGCAUUCUUUUAACUGAAUUAGUCACAUUUGGUCGCACACCGUAUCCAGGUAUGACGAAUGCGGAAGUUCUACGCCAAGUCGAUCAGGGCUAUCGUUUACCACAACCACCUAACUGUCCAUCAUCUCUCUAUGGUAUUAUGCGUGAAUGUUGGCAUGCUCAACCGGAAAAUCGACCAUCAUUUAGUACAUUACAAUAUCGUCUGGAAAAUGAAUACACAGGCGAAAAUCCUGAAUUUAGUAACUAA